GUUUGUUCAAAUUUCAGACCCUCCAAAAAAGCAUUGUAAGGCCCUGAAGUUUGAGCCCUCCUAAAUCUUGAGCCUUGAGCGAUCUUGAUGACGCGUUUCAGGGAGGCACCCGUCGUUAUGCUACUGCUCCGUUCUUAUCUAAGUUCGCUUACCUUUUAAGCGACUGCGGCGGCCCCCGUCAAAGCCAAUGGACACGGGCCUGUGAAGAAAGGCAAGAAAGGCAAGGUCACUGAGUCGCGAGCACCCCAGUCUAGGUGGCCGUCGAUGGUCGAGGUCCAUUGCCAGCGAAUGGCGAUCUGUCGUAAAUAUCGUUCCCAUCCGUCUCGGAUCCAACUUCUGCAGCCUCGUUUACAGGCUUGUCAGCGCUUCGAAUGAUUGGCGAUUAUGCCCCACUUCUUUCUCCGCUUCGACUUCGACAGUACGCUUACCGGUUCCGGCAGCAUUCAAACUCAUACUCACUUCCUCCUCCCAUUUGGGUCACCGAGCCAACCGCUCGUGCGUAUCUCUAGGCUUUCGGGACCCGCUGUAAAGCGCGGAGUAUAUGGACGGAACGGCCGCGAUGGAGAGUCACGCGCCAGGUAUCGAUCCUGCAACGAGCCUCGAGGUGCCGACCGAACCAGAAAGACUGCGCAAGAGAGCGCGCCGAGACCUGCUCGAGGGAAACAUCUCACCGGAACCGCGGUUGCACCGUCAGUCAUUGGAGCUCACCUCGCGCGGGAGCGUAGCAACAGGUGUGGAGCUCAGGCGAUCCCGGUCUAUGUGGGGACGAAAUCAGGUUCAGGACGCGAUCGACGACGCGCCGGGUGGAUUUCAGGAGCGCUACGAUCUCAAUUUUGGCAAAUCUACCGUGUCCCAACGGAGGCGGACUCUGAAUGUGAAACGGGCGCGUAAAAUGGCGCAGCUUUUUGGACAAGAGCCACCUUCGGAGCUUUUCCAGAUCCAGCGCGAGGAGGGAUCUCUUUCUGAAGCAGCACCCGGUCCUCUCAGACAACGGGCAGAUUCAACGACUUCGAUCCCGGGAGAAGUGGACGAUGACCCAUCCACCUUGUCGCUCCCUUUCGUCGACGACCCACGAGACUCUGCAUUUCAAGAGAGGCGACGCCGUGCUGCCAAGCUAGCCCGAUUUUUCGGCGUGGGAUACCAGGACAUCGUCUUGCCUGCCCUUCCCACAUCCUUCUUCGACACCGAUGCGGAUGUUGAUGUUAAGGUCACGGGAAAGGACGACGAUUCUGGAGCUUCAGCGAUCGCACGAAAGAUGGAGAUAUGGCAGAGGCCAUCCACAAGUUACGCGGUCUCAAAGCGAAUUGAAUGGACGGCGACUGGAGGCGAGGAGUGCAUCUGUACAAUAUAA